AUGGCGGUUAGUAUCAGAAUUCAUGAUGCGUUGAUGAAAUUUGGAGGUAUUUCCAUUACCACCCGUUUCCUUGUUCUUCCCAACACCCGUUUCUCGUAUUUCCAGUUACCUCUUCGGAAAUCACUUUUUACUUCAACCCCGCACCGUCAAUCUCCAAUUUAUCGUGAGUUUGGACACCUUACCAGUUUGGAUGAUGCUUACGGCUGCUUUGAUCAGUUGAUAGCUAAACCCCCUUAUUCAUAUUCACAGUUUUAUGACUUGUUGGAAGUUGUUACGGCGUGGAAAUACUACUCUGCCUCCCUCCAUAUGUUCAAUGAAAUGUGUGCUGUUGAUGUUCCUGAUUUCGAACUCACCAUAGAAACCAUCAUCCAGUGCUAUUCUCGAUUGUAUGACACUGAAAAAAUCUUCAUGCUUUUAGGUUUUUGCAUCAAGCGAGAUCAUAUUCAACUUUCUCUUGUUGGUUAUGGUAAAAUAUUAGAUGGAUUCUUUGAGGGAGAAAGUACUCAUGGUGCAGAAAAGUUAUUCAAAAAGUUCAUCAAAAACAAACUACUUUUUGAAGAUCGUGCAUAUUUAAAUUACGACACGAUGAUUCAGGGUCUUUGCAAGAUUGGAAAUCACUUCAAAGCCAUUGCUUUGCUUAGGCUAAUGGAUGGAAGAGGUGGGACAUAUCCUUCGUCUGCGUAUGAAAUCAUCAUUGAUAGUCUGUGCAAAGACAUGAUGAUAGAUGAUGCUUUCAGACUCUUUGAAGAAAUGAAAUUUCGCAGAGGGAUCCGUCCUAUUUACCCCGUAUACGACUCAUUGCUUUAUGCCCUUUCCAUGUCAGGUCGUUGGAACGAGGUCUGUCGGAUUCUAAAAAUAUUGCACGAUGAAAAGAUCACUAUAAAUUGGACAACCUUUAGUGUGUUAAUUAAAGCACUCUGCAAGCAGGGUAAGAUGAAAGAAGCAGAGAUUGUUAACUUCAUGAUGCUUCAUAUUCUUUGGUUCAGUUUUCCUGACUUAGAGACAUACACUUCACUUAUUGAAGGUUAUUGUUUGAAUGGAGAACUGAAAAGAGCAAUGUCGACUCUAGAAUUCAUGCAGAUGCAGAGUCCUGUUGCAAGACUCAAACCUACUAUUCACAUUUAUAACGUUUUAUUGGAUAGGCUUACCAGUUUAGAUGACAUGACCUUCUGGUCUUAUAAGCGUGACCUUGAUUCUAUGUAUCGUCGGGCAGGUUUGGAAAUCGAAGAAAACAGUGUCACUCGUUACAUCUGGUAUAGGGAACGAAUGGGAAAACCUUCUGAUGAGAUGAAAGUGCUGAUGCAGAAUCAUAAAUAUUCCGUUUACAUGUUAUGUUUGACGGAUCAUUGCGAUAAGUAUGAAGUGGAUGCUGCAUUGGAUCUGUUCUACUUUAUGAAUGGCAAAGAACUAAAUUCAAACAUUGACGUGUACAAUAUUCUCAUUGAUUGUACAAAUAUAUGUGGGAGGUUUGAUACUUCAAGGAGUCUUUUCCGUGACCUCUUUUUUGAAGGUUUGGAACCUAAUUUAGAUACAUAUGUGUUGAUGAUUAGAGGAUUUUGUGAGCGAGGUCUACUCAAAGAUGCAAAAAAAUUGUUUCUUCAAUUGGAAAAUAGUGGUUUGCAGCCAAGGAGUAGCAUGGAUGAUAAUGAUACUAUCCAAGGAUAUACGGAAACCAAGCCUACUGAUGAGCUAACCACAAUAGUUAGUGAAAUGAAAAGAGGGUACGCUAAGAGAGUUAGGGAGUGCUUCAAAUUUGUUGCCGAGUAUUCCUCAAUUCUAUCUGAUAGCUGUGGAUCAAGAGAUAUAUAG